GGGGUAUGCAACCACAGUGACACUUGUUAAGAGAAGAGAAUAGACCAAAGGCUUCAGAAGAAAAAUAUCUUCUGGGAUUAACAUUAUCGUGAAAUCUAAGGCCUUUAUGAGACAAUGACAACAAUCACGCCAUCUCCGCCCACCUUUGAAUAUGAUGUAGAAUAUGACACUGAUGCGUGCAUCAAGACUGGUGUGAUUGAGUUUGGUUCCAUCGCCACCCCAAUCAUCUUCUGCCUAGUAACGCUCCUUAGCCUCUUUGGGAAUCUACUGGUGCUCUUGAUCCUGAUCAAGUACGAGAAUCUCAAGUCCAUGACUAACGGCUUCAUCUUCAAUUUGGCCCUCUCAGAUCUCAUGUUCACCCUUGGAUUACCUUUCUGGGCAUACUAUCAUAUUUAUCAGUGGACACUCGGAGAAGUGACCUGUAAGGUGGUCAAUUUUGUUUUUUAUGCUGGAUUUUACAGUAGUGUCUUGUUUUUGACAGUGAUGUCACUGCAAAGGUACAGAGCAGUAGUCUAUCCCUUGUCUGACCGUGGCGAAAAUCGAACACAGUUUGCAGUUGCUUUGUCAUUCUUGGUAUGGGCACUCAGUUUUGCGGCAGCCUUGCCUGCAACAUUACGGAGCAGAGUCCAGAUGCACUUUGAUGCCUAUCACUGCCAGUAUGACAGCUUGGAGUGGAAAACCGCAGGAGAAUAUCAGCAAAAUAUAUUUUUCUUCAUUGCCUUUGUUAUCAUGUGCUUUUGUUACACCAGGAUACUUCAAACCGUUCUGAAGUCCCCAUCAAGUAAGAGAAUUAAGACAGUGAAGCUCAUCUUUGUCAUUGUGGUUGUGUUUGUGGUGGGUUGGGCACCAUACAACAUUGUUAUAUUCCUCAGGUCUUUCUCUCAUUUGUACCCAUUUAAUGAUUGCGCUGUGAGCAUUCACCUGGAUUAUGCCUUCUACAUAUGUCGGCUGAUAGCUUUCUCGCACUGUUGCCUUAAUCCUGUGUUCUACGCCUUUGUUGGAGUAAAGUUUAGAAAACACUUGAAAGCGAUCGUUCACAAGAUCUCACCGCCACCUCAGGCAAGUUUGGAGUCUCAGCGCACAAGGAUGGUCGUUUUGCCUUCAAUGGGGUCCAUGUACUGAUUAGUGUGCCCUCAGACUUGUUUGGAGUACUUGCACCAGGCCCUUCAGUGAUUCACAUGUAUCAAUGCAUCAUUGGGCUCAUCCAUCCCAAGGCCGGAACCAUACAGUGGAAAAGAAUCCAGAUGUUGGUGCCAAGUUUAAGGGGUUACAUUUUUAAGUUUGAAAAACGUUGGAAUAGCAUUUGCAUGUUUGCUCUGCUUUCUUCUAAUUUUGCACUUUUGGGUCGGCCUAUGGGGGCAAAUUACUUUGGUUCAAUGUGAUCAUGUAAACGGUACUGAAAACAACUGCACCCAGACUAAGCUAUGACACUUUGACCUCAUUUUCUCCUCGCUCCUUUCCUCACUCAACUAUGCCACCUUCUAUUGCUGCCCAGUUGGCAUCAUCAUGUGCGCUCUCUCUCUCUGUGUCUGUCUGUCUGUCUCUCUCUCACUCUCUCUCUACUAGCCUACUCUGAAUGCGCAAAAGUGAAACCUAGAAAUAUCAGUAAAAAACGCUUCUUGCAUGAUGUUCAGGAAUGGACAUCUAUUUAUUUUUUAUCUGAAUGGCAAAUCAAGCAAUAUUGUUAAUGCCUGAGAGUUGAGAUCCCUGGGCUGAUAGCACAGCUUGUGUCCUAUGUCCCCAUAGUCCCCAUGUCCCCUCAAAGUGUAUUAUGAUUACAGCCUUGAGAGUGGUUGAACAGCACGGUGUCCUGGCAGACAAACUCAGAUCCUGAACAUGCUCAAGACAGUGGAGAGAUGAUGGUUCUCUUUCGAUUUUGGUUAUUAUGCCACUCACUCUUUUUGAGCCAUGUGUGCCCCUGUGCCACUAACUGUAGCUGCACUCCCACACUGCACUUUAUGUACUUCACGGUCUGUCUUUUAUACAGUGUGCAUUUUACUUGUAUAUUGAUCCUGUCUGUAAAUAAUGUCUUGUCUGUUUAUUUUGGAGUUGUAUUAUUGUAGAUAUUGUACUGUAUAUAUUGUGUAUACGAUAUAUUAUAUAUUUAUGUAUAGGCUAUGUUUUUCUACUGUUAGAGAGACAAUUAUGGACA